GCGGUGUUGCGCCCCGCCCCCGCCACUUUCUUUUCGUUCUUUUAAUAGUUUGGCUGACAACUGACACUGCGAAGGAUCAGCGCUCUGAAUUACGCGGGCAUAUAUUCUAAAGAUUCCGCUUGUCCCAGGAGACCAAUAUGAAUUUGUGGGCAAUAUAUAAAUGAUUUCUCGAUAUUUUAUUAAAAAUCUGUAAGAAAACCCUUCCCCCAUCUCGCCCCUCCCCGGAAGAAAAACAUCAAUUGCAGCAAGCGGUGGGCGUAUGGUCAUGGGAGCUACCGGCUCAAGACUGGAAAGGGCGCUCGGAGAUCAAUUUCCUGAAGGCGAACGCUACUUUGGCCUCGAGAAUUUCGGCAAUACUUGUUACUGCAACAGCGUUCUUCAGGCUCUUUAUUUUUGUGUUCCUUUUAGAGAGCAAUUGCUGGAAUAUUAUAAUCGCACAAAGACAGGGGGGGAUCCAGAGGAGAAUCUCCUCACAUGCUUGGCUGACCUCUUUACUCAGAUUUAUUCCCAGAAAAAGAAGACAGGUGUUAUCGCGCCAAAACGUUUUGUUCAACGGGUGAGGAAACAAAAUGAACUUUUCCGUAGUUAUAUGCACCAGGAUGCACAUGAAUUCUUGAAUUUUCUCUUGAAUGAGCUUGCGGACAUUUUGGAAAAGGAAGCCAAUGCAGCUAAGAAAUUCUCUGGAAAUCUAGCCCUGCCAGAGAAGGUUGUAAAUGGCAAAUUGAAUGGAACAACCAAUGGUAACCAACAACAACAACAACCUGUUACGUGGGUUCAUAAAAUUUUUCAGGGAACUCUUACAAACGAGACAAGAUGUUUAUGCUGUGAGACAAUUACUGCCAGAGAUGAAACUUUUCUGGAUCUUAGUCUGGAUAUUGAACAGAAUAGCUCUAUUACAAGCUGUUUGCGCAACUUCAGCUCAACUGAAACCCUGAAUGCUGAGGAUAAGUUUUUUUGCGACAAGUGCUGCAGCCUGCAAGAAGCACAGAAGAGAAUGAAAAUAAAGAUUCCACCACGUAUACUUGUGAUCCAUUUGAAGCGCUUUAAGUAUAUAGAACAACUUGGACGAUACAAGAAGCUAUUCUAUCGAGUUGUUUUCCCCAUGGAACUAAAAUUAUGUAAUACAACUGAUGAUGCGCCAGGUUCAGAUGCUGAGUACUCACUAUUUGCUGUUGUGGUUCACGUAGGAAGUGGUCCAAAUCAUGGACACUACAUCAGUCUUGUCAAGAGCCAUAAUCAUUGGCUCUUUUUUGAUGAUGAAAAUGUAGAAAUGAUUGAUGAAUCUGUUGUGCCGUCAUUCUUUGGCACAGCACAGGAAUAUUCAAAUAAUACGGAUCAUGGAUAUAUUCUGUUCUAUGAAUGUUUAGCUCAGGGUUCAUAAGGCGUUGGUAUUGUUGUGUUUACCAACACAUUGUUACCAGCCUAUGUAUCUUGGAAAUUACUGAGAGAUGUGUAUGGCCGGGUGUAUAUUUUUUCCAUUGUUGAGGCUGCAAUAUGCAGAAGCUCCUUUACAAUUCAAAUCAAGACUAGCUCCUGCAAUUUGCACAGCAGAAAUGGUAUCCUAUCAAGAAGUUUAGUCAGGACUGGUAAAAGCUUUCUAGACUCGCAUUAUUGGGCAAUGAAAAUGGAAGUGGCUUCUUUCCUUUACAUGUUGAAAAAUAGGAUUGGUGUAAUAUUGCAUUGUUGACUUUCAGUUCUUUGUGGUUCGAUGGAUGGGACUUGGGAGAAAGCUAUUCAGGUGCUCGUUAUUUCUGAACGAGUUCUGUUUGCAAUUGGAAUAAAGAAUGAUAUGCUUUGGUUUUCCCUA